UUGACGUAGUUAGGGGGCAUUGUUUGAAGAGCAGGGGGGUGCGUGCCACAGUUGUCUAGAUAUAAACUCGCCGAGAAUUUUCUUUAGCCAUAAUUCAAGUCUAAUUACUAGCAACACUUGAAUUUACGUUUAUCAAAUAAUUAUAUAUAGCGGCCAUGUAUUAGCAACAUAGACACGUACGAGUUUGUGUUGUAACAAAGCUGAAGUUGUACAGCUAACGUUAGCUAGCGCUACUUCCUCCAUCAGACUAGAAAUGAGUGUUAAUGUUAGCUAUAUUUUAUAAUUGAGCCAACAUCAGUCUUUUUCGUUAUGUAAGUAGUUAGUUAGUUCAAGUAAAGCACACGUUUUGCUUAAACUCACCAUUGUGAGAAUAUUCAGGCUAACGUUACUGCUGUAGCUAGUUAGCACCAGAUGAGGAAAGAGAACUGAAUUGUCAGGCGGUUUAACAUUUUUGACGUUCAUAUUUUUUUAUUCACCAUAAACUGGUGUUUUAGGUUAAUACUUAGCACCGCAAGCAUAUCGUUUAAUUAAGUUGGCUAGCUUUAUGUAGUGUUUUUUCACGUGUAACUAAGAUUGUUCUAGCAGGAAGUAUAGUAACCUUAAGAGAAUAGCUUGGUAGAAAAUGGAGUAAAGUAGCUACAGUAGUCCAUCCAUUGAAAGCAAAAGUAACGUUAGCUUGUUAUCCUUUUGGAGGCUAGCUUUAUAAAUCGGGAACCCCACAUCUCAUUUGUUUCAGGUUGUGGCAAAAAAAAAACGUUUCUCAAAUAACUUUGUAUAGACCGCUAGCAAGUUAUGACAAUCCCUUUAUGUUGAAAACUAACGUUAGCUGGCUAGUUUGCUGCUAGCUUCCGACCGAAUGCUGCUACCGAUUGCAUAGCUUUCUAGACAGCUUGCUAGCGUGUCACUUUCCCAAUUGCAUCCUAAAGAUGUCGAACGCCAUAAACGAAGGUCUGUUCUUGAUAAAAGACGUGAAGCCUGGAUCGAAAAAUUUAAAUAUCGUAUUCAUUGUUUUGGAAAUAGGGCCAGAGGAACAAUUGAGUCGAUUGUGCAACUUAGUGCAAACAUGUCAUCGACGGGUAACCAAGACGAAGGAUGGCCAUGAGGUGCGUUCCUGCAAGGUAGCGGACAAGAGCGGAAGCAUCGCCAUCUCUGUCUGGGACGAGCUGGGCAGCCUCAUUCAGCCUGGGGACAUUAUCAGGCUGACCAGAGGCUACGCCUCCAUGUGGAAGGGCUGCCUGACCCUGUACACUGGAAGAGGUGGAGACCUGCAGAAGAUCGGAGAGUUUUGCAUGGUGUAUUCCGAAGUGCCUAACUUCAGUGAGCCCAACCCAGAUCUGCUAGCCCAGAACAACCAGCAGAACAAGACUGGCAAAUCGGAUCAGAGGGGGAAUUCUCCGCCUAAUCAGAAUUCAGGUACACCUGCUCAGUCAGGUAACGGUGCCAUGAUACCAUUUGUCAACAACAACAGUUCUCCCUCCACUCCUCGUGACCCGGUCUUUGGGGGUGUGGGGAGGACUAACGGCCGUUCCCCUGGCAGCACAGCUCCUCCAAUGUCCGCUGUGGGACCUCCCAGUGCCCCCAAGCCUUCGGUCACUAUUAGCAAUGGCAGGGACCCCCGGCGUGCCAAGAGAUGAAACUGGCAUUAGGGACAUCUUUCCCACGACCUCUUAACCCCCAACCCCCCCACUCUCUCCUUUCCAUCUACCUUUUGAACAAGCCAAACCUGGCAUUCACAACAUUAUCACUGAAAAAGACUAGUUUCUGAUCUGCAGCUUAUACUGGUUAACCUAGGCGACGUUGUCUUUCUCUAGUUGAGCUAAUCUUUGUUGGUUAUGCUGUCAAUUGCAUAAAGCACCUCACUGAAUAAUUGUGACCUAAACAUGAACACAGUAGCAGGACUUGCAACGCUCUGGACAUAAAGUAAGUUUACCCACUUCCACCACCAUCAUUGCCAAUUUUGUGCCAAUGUUAUUGACAACCCUCCCUGUGCCUCCCUCUCGCCCAUCUUGUUGGCUGAAACUAUACACCCUACUUGACCACUAGAUGCACUUUCUUCUCUCUAAGUCAAAGUGAAUGCAUCACUAAUUUGAUUAAGUAACAGAUUACUGCUGAUGGGGAAAGCCUUACGUAGGCGAAACAACUUUUUGGACAGAAUUAACUAACAAAACCCCCCUUGGAAGGAUCACAACUCCCUUCUCAACCAAAACAUAUCAAAAGUGACUGAAAAGAAAGGUGAUAGUUUGAUUUUUAACGGUAGGUCAAUUAGAUUUAGUUGAGAAUGGCUACAGUUUUCUUGAGGACUAGUUUAUUUGCUGUCCAGUUAUGAACAAUACAUUUGUUUAGGUUGGAACACUUAAGAGGUUCACCCAAAUAUAUUUUACUGACAUUUUGAUUUCUGUUUAAUCUCUGAGAUAGAUGGUGAAGUAGCUAAUGAGUGCAAUAAAUAAUAUUGUCACAUUUAACUCUAGCUAUGUUCCUCAUUCUGUCAAACAACUUUAAUCAAGACUGAGUAAUACAUUUAAUCUGUUUUAUCACAUGAACACAUUUCCAAUGAAAGACAGACAGCGUUUCUGAUAUGUCAAAACUAGCCAUAAGGCUAAUAUCCUUAACUUUAAUCGAUAGUCCUGAGGCUUAUUCAGUAGGAGGAAAUAUUUACCUUUUACCGUUGCAUGUCUACCCUGUGGGGCGGUUUCCCAGACAGGUUAAACGUAGUCCAGGACAAAAAAUUAUACUCAAUGGAGAUUCCAAAUGGAAAGUAUUUUAGUCUAGGACUAGGCUUAAUCUCUGUCCAGGAAACUGUCCCUAUAUGUCUAUCUGAAACACUUAAAAUGAUGACCUCUAGGGGUCACCCAACUGCCCUCAAGUAGAGAGACAUCUUGAAGAUGUGUCAUGUGGUGUUUUUUUAUAUACCACCAUUAUACAGUGCCCUCCAGUGUCCAUCCACUCAAGUUCUUGGCCUUGCGCAGGAAACUCUUUCCAUGAAGGGCCAAGAGUCUGCUGGUUUUUGUUAAGACCUAGUCAACCAGGUGAGAGGAGUGCCUUACUAAUCAGCGACCAUAUUUGAUCAAGUGCAAGAGCAAAAACCAGACACUCGGCCCUGUGUGGAAUGAGUUUGACACGUGCCUUACUGGGAUCAUUUGGGCUGCUGCUUAAAACAACUAGUGCUUUUUUGGUAGUCGUCUGUGCCAUAUUGUACCCUUCAAUUAGAUUGUUAUGAUCAAAGUUUAUAAUCCAUGCUUUGCAAUCUUAUUUCCCAAGUUCAGUUGGAAUGACCUCCAUUGUGUCAUAGUGCAGUUUUGGCAAUAGUCUGAACUAAACGAAGCCUUCAGAAGGCCUACAUAUGUUCAAGUAAUUUAUAAGCAGAUAUAUAAAAAUGCAUUCCAAAUGUGUUAACCCUUAAGUACGUUUGCUUCUAGCCACUAACAGAAGCUCAUUCAGAGAUCUAGACAAAUGUUAAGAGACAAGUCCCAUAUGACAGUUAUUUUGGCCCAUUGAAUAUGGUUAGUUAAUAUUGUGAGAAAAAAUGCAGUAUGAUGACAUUUAGUACUAUCCUUAUUUUACCCCAGUGGUCUGUUUUGAAACUUAUUUUGUAACCACGCAUUGCAAGAGACUAAACACACAUGGCCUCAUAUCCUAUGUUUCACAAAGCACCUCUGACCACAGACAGGGAAGGCUUUGGCCUAUGAGAAUUUUCCCGGCACUCACUGAUAGGCACUGUGUCACGUUUCUCAAAAGAAAAAUAGCUUCAGGCUAUUCUGGAUAUGAAUUAACAUUUAUAAAAAUAAAUGGUUAUCUACUCUUUGAUAUUCCAAAAUAGGGCUGGUUUCCCAGACCCAGAUAAAGCCUAUUCCUUUACCAAAAAGCACUUUAAAUGAAGACUCAUUGAGCAUGCAUUUUAGCUCACGACUAGGCUUAAUCUGUGUCUGGAAACUGGCUCAUAUAAAAAUAAGCAAUGUAAUACAGUGAGUGCUUACUCAGUUGUUGGGUAUGUGAGCUUUAUAGUUUGAAAUGUAUAAAAUAUUUCAGAGACAAAUCGUUGGUUGAAUAAAUGUACAGUGCAUCAGACACUUUGACAGGACAACAGCACAAUAUUUUUGUAAUAUGUCUUUGGUAUGUUAUGAAAUGUGCUCCUAAAAGUGAGUGUGCAUGUGUUUUUUGUAUAUGUAUGAACUAAAUCCUGGGUGGUAAAAGUUGAUCACAAUGAAAGUGGAAGUGUGGAGAUAUAGCUGGUGAUUAGACUAAGAAUUGUGUCCUUGGAGUCAUUUUCUGCUCUCAGAUGCUUGAAAACAAAUGUACGCUUUGAAAUAAGAUAAACAUUACCUCGCACAUGUGCAUGCCAUAUAAUGUUUAAUCUUCCUAAUAAUGAUUAUUCUCUUACGGUUA